ACCACACGUUACCGCGCCACGUCAACUUUGCGGCCAUUUUCUGCAAGGCGUUGCGUGGCAGUCUUUACGUGGUUCGUCUACAAAACAGCCGCAAAAUGAAUGUUUUCCGGCUGAUAGGAGAUCUUUCCCACUUGCUUGCUAUUUUGAUUCUUCUCUGGAAAAUCUGGAAGACAAGGUCAUGUUCGGGUAUUUCAGGCAAGAGCCAGUUUCUCUUUGCUUUGGUCUUCACGACCCGUUACUUGGAUCUCUUCACCAAUUUCAUCUCACCAUACAACACUUUUAUGAAGAUAGUGUACAUUGUCUGCUCCUGCGUCACGGUUUACUUCAUCUACGUCAAAUUCAAGGCCACCUACGACAGCAACCAUGACACCUUUCGAGUGGAGUUCUUGGUGGUACCUGUUGGCGGCUUGGCUUUCCUGGUCAACCAUGAUUUCACUCCCCUCGAGAUCCUGUGGACUUUCUCCAUCUACCUGGAGUCAGUGGCCAUCUUGCCUCAACUCUUCAUGAUCAGUAAGACAGGUGAGGCCGAGACCAUCACCAGCCACUAUCUCUUUGCGCUGGGAGCUUACCGGGCGCUCUACAUCGUCAACUGGGUCUACCGCUACUACUUUGAGGGUUUCUUUGACCUGAUUGCUAUCGUGGCUGGCUGCGUCCAGACAAUACUCUACUGCGACUUUUUCUAUCUAUACAUCACAAAAGUUCUGCAAGGCAAGAAGCUGUCAUUACCAGCAUAAAUCUCUGACCAUCGCAGCAUGUCUUCGCCAAGCAGGCUGAUUUGGCUCAACUGUAGUAGACUGUCGUCUGAGAUCUUCACAUGGUCACUUUAUAUUCAAACGUAAAUUCUGGAUUAUCUUUUUGUCAACUUCUCUUUCAUUUUGUAGUUGUAAAGUCACUUGCCAGCUUAUUCUCUGUCAUGUCUGUUGUGUUUAAUUGUGAGUUAAGCAUAUGGUGCCUUUAUAUGUAAAUGGUUUUAACAGAUUUUGGUGUUUGUCGGCGGAAAAAAUGGUUUGUCUGAACACUAAAGAAGUGACACCCCACAACAAAGAUAUUUAAGACCCCUGUAAGCUAUGCACCUCCAGCAGAAGAACCCCCUCAUUGGUUGAAAAGAGCCAUGUUAGUCGGGAAUCUUAUUUUGUUGGUAGUGAUGCGACCGUAAAGCGUGCA